AUUCGAGCCCUCCCUUUAUCUGCAUAAGACAAGUUAAAAAGUAUUUUCUCCUCCUCUCACCCUCCAUGUCUUACUAGUUGGCGAGCAGUAGGACUGAAACAAGGCUGCUGUUGGCCUCACCUGCCUGAGCCUAACGUGAGGACCCUUGACCUCUGGCUCAAGAUGGUGGCGCCCAGGGCGUCGCUCUUGCUGCUGCCCUGAGGUGAACUAAAGCUGGCAGCCCCGCAUCAUGUCGAAGGUCAGCCGGGUCAGCCGGGCCACCCGGGCCCUCAGGAAGCCCGAGGUCGGCGGUGUGAUCCGGACCAUCGUGCGGGCAGGCCAGGCCAUGCCCGGGCCUCCACUAGGCCCAGUGUUGGGUCAGCGAGGUGUUUCCAUCAACCAGUUUUGCAAGGAGUUCAAUGAGAGGACAAAGGACAUCAAGAAAGGCAUUCCUCUGCCUACCAAGAUUUUUGUGAAGCCUGACAGAACAUUUGACAUCAAGAUUGGACAGCCCACUAUUUCCUACUUCCUGAAGGCAGCAGCUGGGAUUGAGAAGGGGGCCCGGCAGACAGGGAAAGAGGUGGCAGGCCUAGUGACCUUGAAGCAUGUGUAUGAGAUUGCCCUCGUCAAAGCUCAGGAUGAGGUAUUCGUCCUGCAGGACGUACCCCUGUCCUCUGUUGUCCGCUCCAUCAUCGGGUCUGCCCGUUCCAUGGGCAUUCGUGUGGUGAAGGACCUCGGUUCAGAAGAGCUUGCAGCUUUCCAGAAGGAACGAGCCAUCUUCCUGGCUGCUCAGAAGGAGGCAGAUUUGGCCGCCCAGGAAGAAGCUGCCAAGAAGUGACCCUUGCCCCCCAACUCCCAGAUUUCAAAGGAAGCAGCUGGGAAGGGGGCCAGUUGCGAAGGCAGUGCCCAAGGGGAGGAAGGGAGGUCACGCAAAUAUGGUGAUUGUUUUUGUGACUUUGAAUGAUAUAUUUUUGUACAUCUGGCUUUAUCAAGGCAUCAGGCCUGAAUAAACAUCCUUUCUUGCCCAC